ACCGAUGCGAUAUUUAUUUAUGUGUAGCGCUUCGUUCCUCUUCUCUCUUCCAAAAUCUCUCCGGUUUCUAGCUGCUCGCAUACACCUUAUCGGCCAUAUACAUUCGCCGUCGCCGGUGGCGAUUCGCGAGGAUGCUCUCCAUAACGUCGGAGGACCUGAACUACCUCAUUUUCCGCUACCUUCACGAAUCCGGUUUUACUCAUACUGCUUUUGCCCUAGGAUAUGAGGCAGGGAUACAUAAAAGCACUAUAGAUGGAAAUUUGGUUCCUCCUGGUGCUCUUGUUAAAUUUGUGCAAAAAGGAAUUCAGUACCUUGAAUUGGAAGCAAAUUUGAAUAAUGAUGAUGCAGACCUGGAUGAAGAUUUUCAGUUUCUACAACCUUUGGACCUGAUUACCAAGGAUGUAAAUGAACUUCAAAAGAUCAUUAAAGAGAAAAAGGAAAAUCUCCAUAAGGGUAAAUCCCGCGGCAAGGAUAAAGGUAAUAGUGAAAAUGACCAUCAUGAACGAGAACCUGUGAGAGAAAGGGAGAAGGAAAAGAAGCAAAGGGAUAAAGAUCGAGAACGUGAUAGAGAGAAGAUGGAGAAGGAGAAGGAGAAGGAGAAAGAGAAAGAGAAGGAGAAGGAAAAGGAGAAGGGCAAAGACAAAGAAAAACCUCACGAGGAUCUUAUGAUGGAAGCCAAACAAAACAAUGAUAAAAUUAGUAUCAGACAUGAAGAGAAUGAAACUGCUGGAGAGCCAGAACCCAUGGAGAUUUGCACAAGCUUGACAUCCUUAUCCUGUGAAAUCCCAAGUUCUGAUAUCAUGGUUUUAGAAGGGCACACAUCUGAGGUAUUUGCAUGUGCUUGGAGUCCAACAGGUUCACUUCUUGCAUCUGGGUCUGGAGAUUCAACAGCUCGAAUUUGGACAAUUGGAGAUGGGCCAUGCAGUUCUAAAAUGCAGACUGAACCAGUAAAUGUUGUUUUGUUGAAGCAUUUCAAAGGUCGAACUAAUGAGAAAAGCAAGGAUGUUACAACACUUGAUUGGAAUGGCGAUGGUACGUUACUGGCUACUGGUUCUUAUGAUGGUCAGGCAAGAAUAUGGAACCGGGAUGGGGAGUUGAUAAGUACAUUGAAUAAGCAUAAAGGGCCAAUCUUCUCUUUGAAAUGGAACAAAAAAGGUGACUAUCUUCUAAGUGGUAGUGUGGAUAAAACUGCUAUUGUGUGGGACAUAAAGGCAGGCGAAUGGAAGCAACAAUUCGAAUUUCACUCAGCCCCCACACUUGACGUUGAUUGGCGAAACAAUACCUCAUUUGCAACCUGCUCCACUGACAACAUGAUAUAUGUCUGCAAAGUUGGGGAUAACAGACCAGUGAAAUCUUUCUCUGGGCAUCAGGGUGAGGUUAAUGCUAUCAAGUGGGAUCCCUCAGGUUCCUUGUUGGCUUCAUGUUCUGAUGAUUCCACAGCUAAGAUAUGGAGCUUGAAGCAGGAUACAUGUGUGCAGGAUUUGAGGGAACACGCUAAGGAGAUAUACACAAUUAGAUGGAGUCCGACAGGACCAGGUACAAGCAACCCAAAUCAGCAGUUGAUGCUGGCAAGUGCCUCCUUUGACUCAACCAUUAAGCUAUGGGAUGUUGAAGUAGGGCGAGUUAUCCACAGCUUGAAUGGCCACAGGGAUCCUGUUUAUUCUGUUGCAUUUAGCCCAGACGGUGAGUACUUAGCCAGUGGAUCGUUAGACAAAUGCCUGAUCAUAUGGUCGGUGAAGGAAGCCAAGAUUGUGAAGACCUACAGCGGGAAUGGUGGGAUUUUCGAAGUUUGUUGGGACAAGGAAGGCAAGAAGGUUGCUGCUUGUUUCUCAAACAACGUGGUUUGUGUCUUGGACUUCCGUAUGUAGAAAAUGUAGAACCUAUACUAGGCAUGGGAUAGCAAUUCGGGACGUGUGAACUUUGUCGAAAUGUAGCUGCAGCGUUGCAUAUAGAAUCUCGGUGUAGAAAUUCGAGUGAGUGAUUCAAAACAUUGGUGAUAUUAGCUUACUAAAACUUAGGUGGAUAGUUCUGCAACUGUAAUCUUCACCUCCUUUGAUUCUAUUAGACUUUGUGUAGUUUUAACUAUUGAUAUAAUGGCUUUUAUUAUGGCA